AAUCAUUUGUAAUUAACAGUACGUACUAUCUGGUAACGCAUCGAUUAGAAAGUAAAUUUUCUUAAUCAGCUGUUGGCUUAUUUUGUUUAUUGGUUGGAGUAGAUUUAAUUUAUUUUAUUGUUUGCAACGAAAGUAUAUGAUUCAAAUAUUUUAUAUGAACACGAAAUACAUCAGGCGUAAGAUAGAUUUUUCACGAUCUAUUUUUCCUCAAAGACUUAUUUACAACCAGCCAAUGCUUGGUUAGCGUGCACAAAAAAUAAAAGGAAAGAAGAAGACACGCAUGAAUUUAAAGCAAACAUCUGAAAGUACUUAUAACAAAAUGACCGACAAUACUUGAACACCCAUGAGAGCCUGUUUCGGUACAAAAUGAAUUGUUUGUAAAUUUGUGCAACAUUGGAAUUAAUGCAACCCAUCCAUACAUUACUGAUCGUUGUCAAAAUUCAGAAUUCCAUGUCAAAUCCUGACACAAUAGUCAAGUACGAGAGCAGCGAUGUCUUUGGGGAAAAUCUAGACCACCCUUCGACGUCAACAAUGAAUUCCUAUUACGGGGACCAACCCCAUCAGCAGGGCCACCAUCAGCACUUGAACAACUUAACAAUGAAAAGAAAUUUCGAUCAAAUGCAAAACGGCGGAGGUGUUCCAUCAAUAGCUACUGCCAAUUACAAUGGAAAUAGUGUCAACAGCCCCAAUAUAAAUAACACAUAUUUUCCACCACAAAGCUAUGCUAGUGGUGGUAGUGGGGCUUUGUCAACGUCUGGUACGGAAUACGAUAUGUUUCAUCACCUGAAUGCUCGCAUGGACUUGUAUGGAACACAACAACAAGCUGAUGGAAAGCCAUUGAAAAAAUAUAAGCGGGGAGAGUCGAGUCUACUUUUUAAUCCGCCGUUUUUUAAACUGCUUGAGGGUUUUACAUCUCCCAAUCACAAGGAUGCCAUUGCCGCCCGCUGUUAUGCCUGUGGCAAGGUUGUUCGAGGCAAUAAAAGUAUUUCGUCCAACUUUAUAAAACAUAUGAAACGUGGUCAUCCGGAAAUCAAUAAAAUUUAUGACAGCUAUAAGAUAUAUCGUAUUAAGACCGGUAUUUUACCUCAUUUAAGUCAAAUUGUUGAUGGUAAAGGGGAUACAACGUUCGAUAAGGAUAACAGCUGCGGCUUGAUUGGUGAUUCCAACGACGAAAACGGUGCCUAUAUAGGGACAUCUGCUAUAUUGGAUUCUUCGGAGAUAUGCGAGGGUGAAGAAGAAAAUAAGCAUUCGGAGAAUUCGGAAAAUGAUGACGAUUCCACAAGCAUGACCAACAAUAGGCAAUCUGCGGAUGUCCGAAGUGGAAAUUCGGAAAACAUAGCAUUUCAAAGUGGAACAACAGAGCCUUCCAGCAAAUUGCUAGAGGCCAUAAAUAUUGUCAUGGAAGAUAAACUGAAAGAAUUCGUGAAACAAACAGAUUUUCAACAAUUCGCUAAAAUGAUCAGCGAUAAAAAUUCCAUCACAUCAGAAGACAAGCUUUCACUCAUGGAGCUGCGAAAAGAAGUGGAGCAUUUGAAACAGGAGUGUGCGGCUUUGCGCUUGGCAGUUCAACACUCGCAGGCUAGCAAAAGACAACUACAACAUGAGUUGCAAAGUGUGGACAAAAUGUUGCAUCAGCGCAAAUUGAUCAUACGAAAUUUGAAAGUUGCCGACUCCACGGACCUUCAAAGUGCCGUACAAAGACUCUUUGUUGAAAAACUGGGGUUGGAAGGCAUACAUAUUUUAAACUGUGUCAUCAUUCCGUCUGCCAGAAUUUGUCCUGAUACCGAUAAAAAAUGUGUCCUUGUUGAGUUACAGAACCACACAGAUGUCAAAACAAUUUUUCGUCAAAUUCCCAAACUCAAAGACACCGGCAUAUUCAUUGAGUCGGAAAUUUCCCCAGCGCAACGUAAACGAAAAGAUAAGUUGAUGAUUGUGCGCAAAGAACUGCUGCGCCGAAAACCCGACAUCAAAGUGAUGGUGCGUGAUUGUACGCUUGUGGUCAAUAGUCAGCAAUUCUAUUGGGAUAACGUUGAAGGUCUUUGCCAUGAUGCCAAUAAAGAGGCUUUGGAAUUGAAUGCCAUAGAAUAUCUCAAGGUAUUAACAUCAGUGGAUCUUCGCGAGUUCAUUGAUAUUCUACAAAAUUAUGACGUACAAGUUAGAUAGAAUAUAAGUGCUAAUAUACAUUGUCUUGUAAAUAAUUAUUAUUUUUUUCCAUCAUUAAAUAUGUUAAGUGUUCAUUUAAGAUUUUUCAAAAGUGAAUAGAAUAUAUUUUACAUAUUCAUUUCA